AUGAUUACUUGUCUUUUGAGGGUUCGCAAUACGUCUAUUGUAACUAGGGGAGCACUACAUAUACGAUACCUAUCAACGUCACAACCAUUAUUAAAUACAAGUUCCUCUCCUUUGGGGAUCGAUCGUUCUGUGGAAUCCAAUAUUGUAUCAGAAACUAAUAGGCUCGCUAGAGGUGGUAAGAAAUUUUGGGAAAAUGUUACAUUAUCUGUUACACCAGAUAAAAAAAUUCAAGUGGAGUUAGAUUCUAAACCAAUCAAGACACCUUUAGGUAACAAAUUAGCAUUUGAUGAAAAUAAGAAACUUUUGGCUUUGCUUUUACAAAAAGAAUGGGAGGCUUUAUCUGAAUCUACGGUCAAGCAGUAUGCCUUACCUCUGACAUCAUUGGUCUCAAGAUGUAUUGACCUUGAAACUACAAAUGGCCCAAAUAGUGAUGCUGAACUACGAACUAAAAUUGGAGGCGAUAGGUCUGCUAUUAACAAAGAUUUAUUAAGAUAUCUGGAUACCGAUACAUUAUUAGUAUUUUCCCCAAGAGAUGAAUAUGAAGGAGGUCUAAGAGCCGCUCAAAAUGAAUUGUAUUUACCAAUUAUUAAGUCUGUGGAAGAAUUUUUAACAAAAAAUUAUGCUGAUAUUCAUACCGCUAUAUCACUGAGAGUAUUAGAUGCAGAUAUCCAUGGGCUAAGGGGUAACGAACAGAAUCAAUUUACAAAAAUUGCAGCUACAAAAUAUUUGAACUCUCUCUCUUUAUGGGAUCUGGCCGUAUUCGAAAAAACAGUUCUAUCCACCAAAUCUUUCAUCUGUGGUAUUUUAUUAUUGCAAAAUAAAACUAAACAUAAUAACAUUAAUAAUCUAAAAUAUGCUGUCGAUGAUAUUGUUAGAGCAUCUACUUUAGAGAUUAUAUAUCAGACGGAACGAUGGGGCGAAGUUGAAGACACUCAUGAUGUGAGUAAACGCGACAUAAAACGUAAUGUUAACGCUGCAUCUAUAGUUGCAUUUAAUAAAUAA